AUGGCUCCUCAAUUUGUACAACCUCACGCUCUUUACCAACGAGAUACAGUAGCUUUGCCGGCAAAGCUUCUGCAAACCAUUCCUACCUGCGCUCAAGAAUGCGUAUCCUCGGCAGUUGUCUCGUCUUUCGUUCCUCAGAAAUGCAAGAGUACCACUGAUGGUGCAUGCCUUUGCUCAAAUUACAGCACCUCUGGCUUUACCUUUGGAGAGGUAGUGCUCGGCUGCGUUUACUCAAGUUGCUCUGCUGGAGUUAGGAAUGCAUCUGAGCAUGAUGCCUUCAAUGUGUGUUCUACAUACACCAAGACCGUAACAGCCACUCAUUCUGUCUUGACCUUGUUGACGACGGGGGCUGCUGCUCCAUCCACCUCUUCAUCGCCGACAUCGAAAUCAUCUCCGCAAGCGACUGGUGUAUCCACCAUCCCCACCACUCUGACAACUCAGGCUUCGAGUACGAGCAUCACCUCAACAUCAACAGUUCCCACUUCGUCAUCAGGAGCAUCAACUGAGGUCUCUUCCACACCAACCGGACCACCCCAAAUCUUGACGACAGGCCAGACUGUUGGUAUCUCGGUUGCCUCAAUAGCGAUAGCUGCUCUGCUAUUUGGACUAUGCUUCUUCUGCUGUUGCUGUGCAAGACGUCGCAAGAAGGAAAAGAAAAACAAGAAGUCUGGCACACCGACAAGAAAAUGGUUCAAAUCGAGCCACCGUCUCGACUUCCAAGACCAGUCGUCUCCGACAGGAUCUAGAUUCCCUUCUAAGAACACCACCAGACCGGCUACUUCGUCUCCAGAAGGUCCUGUCAGACCUCCAAGAUCCUACCAAGCAAGCCCGAACAGAUCGCCUCGCUCGUCUUUCGACAGCUUUGCCAAAUCACCUGAGACUAUCACACAACGUCGUUUCAGGCCAUCACUGCGGCCACAGCUUGAGUGGUGGAGAGAGACAUCUCGUCCAGACAUACGCCAGGUUCCACACGGUCUCAAGUCGCAUAGAGCAAGCAUUGCGUCACCCAGUCGUAGUGAGACAAGGUCUUCGAGGCUUCCUACCCCAAUCGCCAACAUCACAAUCAAUUUGAAGAAGGCAAGCAAGCAGCUUCGACCUGACAGUGCCGCCACUAGAUGGACGGUUUUCGAGGAAGACUGCAAGACUCCAGGACACAAGAAGACACUCCCUGCUCCUCCCUACCCUCCCAGACCUCUGUUUCUGGCGCCCAUUCAUCCUCCACCAGGGCCCAGCUUCGCAGAUCGAUAUACCAUUUCGCCGGAAGAAAUGACCGAGUCAGGUCUGAUGCUUCAAAUCCCACGCAAGCCUGUGAGACACGAUGAGAUAUCAGCACAGAACGGCAUCACACUAGUCACGGGCAUCAGCGGACACGAAAAUCUGCCAAUGCCACCGAGCAGUGCGGCAAGCUACCUCCCCGCCUACUACACCAGCUCUGACAGCCGCACCCCCGUAGCACCAAAAUCGAGUCCCCACGACCACGAACGCUUCAGCCAACCUCACUUUGCACCAAUGCCUCUGAUGCCUCGUGCCGUCCGCAACUCCUGGGCAUCAGCCACAACUUUCGAAUCAGUCGAUCCAGAUGAAACAACACCUGAGAAUGAGGUCGACAAACAACUAUCACCGGUUUCUUACCCUAAGGUCCCUCGUCCUUCCAAUCAAGCUAUUCCUCGUUCUUCUCCUUCAACCAUCUCCAGUCGCAAAGUCACUUUGGCUGCAAAGAGACGUGGUGAGGACUUGUCUCUGGAUCUUGGAAGAGGCUUGAGGAUUGCCAAUAUCAGAGAGGCACCGGAAUCGCCAUUGAGAAAGUAUGAAAACAGGAAUAAGAGAGGGAAUGAUCAGACUCCUCAGAUGGGAUUGAAGAGUCCGCUUUGGGAGCCCAAACUCACACCCAGCAGAAGAGGAGAUGAUUUGUAUCUUUCUGUGGAGGUGAAGGGUCGUUGA